AUGUACUUUGCUCGUGCCAUUUUAGGAAGCCUCGCGCUCCUCAGUUGGUUUGCAAAUGCUCGAUAUCUAGCGCAGCGUGAUCUGGUCUUCGAUGGAUUGCCAGAGGUAUUUGCCGAUAUUCGGCGUAGAGACUCGAGCAAUAGUGAUGGCCCUACUUGUCGUCGAAUAUGUGGCUCUUGUGGGAGUUCAUGCUCUUCUUCAACAUUGUCCAAACGUACCUUACUUCAAUUUGUAACGUCAAAUGAUACGAUUCAGGACCAGGCGGCUUCUGAGAAAGAGGGGACUCACCACGUGCUGAAGAGAACGCUUCAGAACGUACGCCAGGACGACAUCGGACCUUUCCUUCAGGGUAAAGCAGAUGCCCUGGUUCUGCUUAGAGAUAACCCAAAUACCAAUAUUAUCAAUCUGGCCGAUACCACGGGUACGAAUGAUUAUACGUUCGCCACGCUCAAGCGGUUCGCGGAUUUUCAAGCACCCAACUUCCUCAAUAUUGCCCAUUUCUUUGAGAACCUGGCGUUCGCUGCAGAGGGCGCAAAAGCACCCGAUACAGCCCUCGAACAGAAUUGCCUCAACCUAAUUACAGGUCAGGGUCAGACAUGGAGAACGAGAGGGGAUAGUCUGGAUCCGAGCUUGUUCUCGGGGAACAAUGGUCUAGCUGUUGCCUUCAUAAUGAUGCCUCGGGAAGAUCAGGGUAAGGCGCUGUUUGAGUAUGAAGCGAAUGCCGACGGGAGAAACAACCCCAACUUCAGGGUUUGGUACGAGCAGAAUUUGGAGACUGGCAAUAACCUGGGACUGGGUUAAUGGUUACAUGUGUAAUACAUGAUGGUCGAGAUAUCAUAAGUCGCUUAUAGCUUUUAAUUUGAGUUUUCCCUGCAUAAGAAUUUUGACUUUCGUAGAAAACAAACGACCGAUGGGAUUCGGGCAGGG